AUGUCCGGCGCUGCUCGUGGACUUGUGAAUUAUUAUAGUACGGGUGCUACUGCGAGUGGGAGUGGGAGCGGGAGUGGGAGUUGUUUCGCGGAUGUUGCUGACCAGACUCAGGCACGCGAUCGUGAUGUGCCUGAUCCGGCGGUUAGGCUAGGACUCGUGGAUCCAGCCUUGAGCGGUGCUGGUUCUGCUACGCAUUUUGGUGGCUUUAUGGGAGACAUGGGUGGGGUGGGGAUGAGUGGGGAGGGGGAGGGGUUGGACGUGGACUUGGAUCUCACCAUGGACAUGGAUAUGGAUCUCUCGCAUGCGGGCGGGGACGGUGGAAAUGUGGCUGAGGUUGGAUUCGGUGGCGGGGUCAUGGGACAACAUCAGCAGCAGCAGAUGGGAGCUUCGAGGACGGAGCAGAUGAUGGGUGGACGGGCUGUUGAAAUCGCAGAUGGCGAUGGUACACCAACGACUGCACAAUCGCUCGAGGCCGGCAUCAUGGCAGGAGCAGGUGCCGGUCCCCUACCCACAGGCUUCGGUAUGGCAGCACAGCAAAACGGCAGCACACUCACCGAAUUCACCAAGCGGAGGAAUUGGUCGCAGCGCGUGAUAGAGGAGUUGAAAGAUUUCCUCCAUAUUCUCACACCUGACGGCCGCAUCCUGUACGUCUCACCCUCAUGCAAAGCAAUCACGGGCCACGAAUCACAUUCCCUCUUAGGAAAAUUCAUCGGUGAAUACGUCCACCCUGACGACAGCGGGAUCUUUAUGCGGGAGUUCAACGAGAGCAUAGCGAGUGGCAACAGCUUGCGCUUCUUCUACCGAUUCAAGAAAGACGAUGGGACAUACAUAAUCUUCGAAUGUGAUGGGCACCCGCAUAUCUCGCAAGAACCACAUGUAGCACCGCAGGGUUAUAACGCGAGUAUGUCGAACGGAGGGUCAUAUAUGUCUGGGCAGUGUAGAGGAUUCUUCAUGAUGGCUCGACCGUAUCCGACCAAGAAUGCUGCACUCCUGGACUCGUUCCUGGAGCACAAGAUCGAGAAUGAGCGAUUAAUGAAACGCAUCGAGGAGCUGAAGCGCGAAGAGCAGGUGGAGAACGUAGAGCAAGAUCGUCUCUACCGCGAACAGACCGCUUGGGUGACGGGCAUGACCCCCUCGGAAUCCCACCAAAGUCUGUCUAGAUUCGGUGGCGGAGGAGGAGGUGGGGAGAACGCAUCGGAGACGCCGACCGAGACGCCCAACUAUCAGGGCAUGCCGCCGCCUGCUAAGCCGUCGCUGUCGAACACGGCGCUUACACGCCAGAAUCUGGAUAGUGCCCUGAUGGCGCAGAAACCUGAUAGUAUCGCGGAUAAGAUGUCCCGCUACGAAGCCAAUUCCACGCACCUUGAGAGCAUCGAACUUAUGACUGGGCUGCGGUAUAGAGAUGGCGAGCGAAGCCAUGGGAUCAGUACGGGCGACACUAGUCCAGCGUUGAUUAGAGGCGAUGCCGGGAUUGCGAUCUUGCUGGAUCGGGAUCGGGAGGGAAAUAAGAAGGAGAAGAAGAAGUUGAAGGUCGCGGAUGAGUAUGUUUGUGCUGAUUGUGGGACAUUGGAUAGUCCGGAGUGGAGGAAGGGGCCGAAGGGUCCCAAGACGCUCUGUAAUGCUUGUGGGUUGCGGUGGGCGAAGAAGGAGAAGAAGAGGGGUGGGGAUGAUGGCAAGGAUGGGAGUCCCGUCGGUGCUGGGGUGGGAGGGUCGGCUGGGCAGAUGUCGCAGAUUUCUGGGACGGCGAUGCCGGCUAUGCUGGGGCAGCAAGUGCCGAGUUUGCAGAUGCAGAGUAGUAAUGGGAGUAGUCAGGGCUGA